AUGGCUCUGCAUUCACAGGACUACUUUCAAACUGCUUUUAAGGAGCAACUCAUACCAAAUUUUCCGUUGCCGCCAUUAGAUCUGAGAACUAAUUCAACAAAACUUUUGGAGAAACGGAGAGAGAUUCAAAACAUGGAUUCCUUGCUCAAAACACGGCGAGAGGAGUUUCAGGUGAAACAGAACAGUUUGAGACACAAAAGAGAAGAGCUUCAGAAAAAAGAGGAAAAACUUAAAGACUGUUUGAUCAAAUUUGACAAGUUCCUGAAAGAGAAUGAUGCUAAGCGUGUGCGCGGGCUGCAGAAAGCGCAGACAGAGAGAGUGUUAGUGCGACAGAAGGAGAUGGAGCUGCAGCAGUUGCACAGAGACGCUGCUCUCCUGCAGGAGCAGAGAGAGAAACUCCAGGCCACAGUGUCGCGGCUAGCCGUCUACCGCCACUUCCUCGAAGAGGUCGUCAAAAUGUCGGGGAAAUUUGAGGACGUCGGGCAUUUGAUGCGGCGUUUUGACACUCUUCUGUCAAACCGUGAGGAGCUGGUGGAGAGGCAGAGCGAGGCGGAGAAAGAGAGAGAGAGCAGGAGUCUGGAUCUGAGACGCAGCGUCACAGAACAGAGCUCUGCACUCGUUCAUCUGAAUAACAGGCUCUCCCGUCUGCAGACCGAACUGGACCACGCCCACGCACAGGCUCUCCAAUGGGAAACAACAUGGAACCGUAUCCAAGCAACUGCUGCUAAGGAAACACUGCUCCUAGGUCAGGUGAAGAUGGUGACCCUUAACCUGUAUCGCAUGAGCGGUGGGGUGACGGAGGGCAAGGACGGGGUCGGGCUUGAGGACACUGAGGCACAGCUGGAGAGAAUAAGACUCUUUAUCCAAGAUCGGACUGAGAUUGUUACCGGCCAGAAAUCCGAGAAAGGUCCGAGAUCUGUCCAUGAUAGACGGGAGAGAAGAACUGGACCCAAGCAGCUCUGA